CGAUUUUGUACGGAAACUCUACAAGUGAGUCUCUCCUCUCUUUCCUUCUCCCGUUCCUGAUCGUCCCUUUGUGCCGCUCAUUCAACCCUGUCUCCUUCCCGACGCACUCGCCCCCCGCUCACCACUCGACCCCUGCUGCAUUCAAUCUCAGUAUUGACAGUUCAAUAUCUUUUCCCUCCAACAUGGUCACUGACGUUCUUCGAAAAGGAUGCUGGAGGACCCCUCGUAUGCGGAAAUCGUGCGAUGGGGUGACGAAGGGGACAGCUUUGUCGUCUUGGAGUGCGAGAAAUUCACCAAGACCAUCCUCCCGAAGCACUUCAAACACAGCAACUUCGCCAGUUUCGUGCGACAACUCAACAAGUACGACUUUCAUAAAGUGAGACAGAAUAACGAGGAGAAUGGGCAAUCACCAUAUGGGGCAAAUGCGUGGGAAUUCAAGCACCCAGAAUUCAGAGCAAACAGUAAGGAGUCGCUCGACAAUAUUCGCCGGAAGGCCCCCGCUCCGCGCAAACAAACUCAAAGUACCGACGACGCGGUUCCCACCCAACAGAUUGAUCUCUUGAAUCAACAGAUUGUGGCACAGCAACAACAAAUUCAGCACCUGUCGGACCGAUACGCGCAAUUGACUGUGGACCAUCAGUUGAUGCUCCAGGAGGUUAUGAGGGUUCAGAAAACGGUGCUCAACCACGAAAGUGUUAUCCACCAGGUAAUGAACUACCUACUUUCUGUCGACGCCAGUCGAAGGCGCGACAGCAAAGCGGCCACAUCGUUUCAGGCCCAGGGUCAAGCAAGCUCGACCCUCAGCCCCUCCCAGGUGGCUACAAUGGAUGACGAACCUUCUUCGCCUUUGCAACAGGCCACAAAACUUCUGAAUGAUAUGAACGCAGAGAUUCAGUUCAACCUAGUCGGACUCGAUGGGGUUGCUGAUCCGUCCAAGGCUACAGGGGCGGUUGUCUCUGCUCCGGGCAUGGAUGGCGCCUCGCGGAACGGCGUGGUACGUGCGCCUGCGGCGACGGCGAACCCAGCUCUGGUGUACUCGAAGAUGAAUGCUGAUGUCGAGCCUGUUGUUUACCCUGUCGGCGCGACUAACGGUAUUGAUCCUAUGUACGGCGAGCAUGUUAAAAACGUCCCCUACCCUAUGCCGAAGCAAGAGGUCGACGACUCUCGGAGACAGCAAGUUCAGCAGGUCCCUCAGGUCCCCCAGGUCCAGCAACUUCAACAGGUCCAGCAGGUUCCCGACAGUCGGAAGAAGAGCGCCAAUGUCGACCCUGGUUGGGCCCGCAGCCCCCGCAUUUUGCUGGUGGAAGACGACCAGACGUGUCGCCAAAUUGGUGGAAAAUUCCUAUACUCAUUCUCUUGCAUCAUCGAUACUGCGCUUGAUGGCUUGGAGGCUGUAACAAAAGCCCAGGCUAACCCUGGGUAUGACUUGAUUCUCAUGGACAUCAUUAUGCCCAACCUGGAUGGUGUCUCUGCAACGCACCUCAUCCGCCAAUUUGAUAGAACACCUAUCAUUGCCAUGACCUCCAAUAUCCGGAGCGACGAUAUUCAACUCUACUUUCAGCAUGGUAUGGACGAUGUCCUUCCAAAACCCUUCACACGAAAGAGUCUGCUAGAAAUGCUCGAGAAGCAUCUGUCCCACUUGAAGGUUGCAUCGCAAAACAUGGAAGCUGCUCAGCCUGCCGUCCCUGUCACGAUGGCCGCGCAGAGUUCCGCCGCACAUUCCAUCAAGGAGGACAGUUCUCCGGGCCAGUCACCAGCAACAUCGGUGAAUAACUGGCAGUCGCCCGGCCAGUUUCAAGGCAUGACCGCUGUGCCCCAUAACAUGCAAACAGUUCCCAGUCAAUAUAUUCCUACGACCCCAGGUCCUCCUGCGUACGCCGUCGACCAAAAUGGUGUUCAAUACACCACCCCCGCAAUGGCUCUGGCCCCAACGGCACCCGCUGCUCGGCCACAGGUACGACGACAGCUCUCAGAAAUGUCUAGUGCGGGUGAAAAUCCAGCCAUGGCGAAGAGGCCGCGGAUGUACACACAUCCGAGCCAGCCGAUCGUCAGUUCCAUGCAGGCCACGCGGACAGGUUAGGUCGUAUCUGACCACACCUGCAUCUCUCUUUACCAACUUUAUUCCUCGACACCGACGACCUCCAAAUUCUUCUAACAUUUCCGCUUAACUUCU